UCAAAAUCCACCUGCUCCACAGCUCCACGGUUUCCUCUCCACCGUCCUGUACACCAUUCUUUCCUCUUCUUCGUCCUCUCCCUAGUCCUGACCUACCCAAGCUCCAACCCGACCUGUGUGCCAGCCCUAGAGCUGCCGCCGUGCCGUAGCUCAUAGUCACCCCUCCGCCUCACCCCCGCAACCCCUCCGCCUCUCGCGCGCCUCGCCGCCAUCGCCGUUCCCGUUGUACCUCGUCGCGUCCCUGCCGUCUGGACUCCGUCUGCAAUUUUGGCCAUUGGUUUUUGAUUGAGGCUCACAGUCAUAAGUGGCUUCGCAUGAGCUUUGUGGAGUGAUGCCUUUAUUGUUGUAGGCUUUUCCUAACAUGUAGCUUCAAUGCUAUACUUGCACUGGAUUUAUGUUUAGAAGAAAGAGAUGCAGAAGUCUGACCAUCACGAGCAGAAUCUUACUUCACCAAGGGGACUGAUCCAUAAAGUGCUUCGUCGUACAAAUAGCAGGCGAUCUCCAACUGCAGCAGAGCAAGAUCCUUCUCCUGUAUUUGCAGAAACAAGCAAUACUAAAUUCUUAAAGCAAAAGAAUGUAGAAGGUGCAACCAAAGAUCCAGAAAAGGGGAGCACUCACGAUAACCGAACUGAAGAUGAGAAGUCUGAUUUGUUAGGAUACGAAGUUUGUUCUGGGAAGCUUACAUUAGAUAGCAAAGGUAGAAGCGUUUCAGGUGAACAGUCGGGAUCAGGGUCUAGUGGCAAUUGUUUCGAUGCUAGGCUCACCACUGAAGCCUUAGUAUGGGGCUCUAACAUCCUUAAGCUUGAGGACAUUAUAUCUGUAUCAUACAAUUCUGGGCUCCGGCAUUUCACUGUGCAUGCAUGCCCUCUUGAAAAGAGAUCUAAUGGACUUUCCUGCUUUAUGAAGCCUAGAAGAAUCCAGAGGGACUUGCGUUUCCUAUCCACUGCUCCACACGAGGCCUUUCGGUGGGUUAAUGGUUUUGCAGAUCAGCAAUGCUAUGUAAAUCUGUUACCACACCCCAUGGCAUCAAGCAAAAAGCAUUCUUCUGAACUCAUUCCAUUUGAUGCCAUGCUUGAUCCAUAUGUUAAAUGUCGAUCUCCACCAAAGAUACUUGUCAUCCUGAAUCCUCGAUCUGGACAUGGUAGAUCUAGCAAAGUUUUCCACGGGAAAGUGGAGCCCAUAUUUAAGCUUGCAGGUUUCAAGAUGGAAGUGGUUAAAACUACACAUGCUGGUCAUGCAAAAUCUCUUGUAUCAACUAUUGAUUUUAGUACCUGUCCAGAUGGAAUUGUAUGUGUGGGUGGCGAUGGAAUUGUUAACGAGGUACUCAAUGGUCUUCUGUCCAGAGAUGAACAAAUUGAGGCAGGCUCUGUUCCAAUUGGCAUAAUACCUGCAGGAUCUGAUAACUCACUUGUUUGGACAGUAUUGGGUGUUAAAGAUCCAAUAUCUGCAGCAUUGUCCAUUGUCAGGGGAGGUUUUACACCUAUUGAUGUUUUUUCUGUUGAAUGGAUUCAGAGUGGGACUACACAUUUUGGCACAACAGUCUCAUAUUUUGGGUUUGUUAGCGAUGUUCUUGAACUCUCAGAGAAAUACCAGAAGCGUUUUGGUCCUCUCCGUUACAUUGUUGCUGGUUUUCUGAAAUUUCUGUGCUUGCCAAAGUACACUUUUGAAUUGGAGUAUCUUCCAGUAGCAGAUGUUGAUGGUGCUGGGCACAAAAUUGUGGAGGGACAAGAAAAGGUUGAUACGUCAGACCUCUAUGACGAUGUAGUUCAGAGGUCGAGAGCAGAAUGUUUACCGCGCGCAUCAAGUUUGUCUAGCAUUGAUUCAAUCAUGUCUACGAGCAUAAUGUCUGGGGGAGAAGCAGAGGUUCCUAGUCCACGCGCUAAUAAUGAACCGUCUGAACUUGUGCGUGCACUUGAUCCGAAAUCAAAACGCCAGUCAUUAGGGAGGACAAGUACUUUCAAGGAACCAGAAGAAUUGCUCCAUCCUCAGGCAUCAACUCCCAGCUGGCGUAGAUCCAAAUCAAAGUCAAGGACAGAAAAGGCGUGGCCAGGUUUGACUGCUACAAAUGAGACUAAACCUUCUAAGGGCACGACAACACAUGAUAAAGAAGACACAUCAUCCACAGUUUCAGAUCCUGGACCUGCAUGGGAUACAGGACCCAAGUGGGAUAUGGAGCCUAAAUGGGAUAAUCAACCUAAUUGGGAACCUGAAACUCCUAUCGAGCUACAUGGUCCAUCAGAUGACAUUGAGCUUGGUCUGACUAAGGAACUAGUCCCAAGCUUAGAUGAAAGAUGGGUCGUCAGGAAAGGGCGCUAUCUCGGUGUAUUGGUAUGCAACCAUUCAUGCAAGACUGUGCAGAGUUUAAGUUCCCAGAUAGUUGCUCCCAAGGCUGAAUAUGACGACAACUGUCUGGACCUGCUGCUGGUUGGUGGAAGUGGGAGGCUAAGGUUAUUAAGGUUUUUGGUGCUUUUGCAGUUUGGAAAACAUAUUUCUCUUCCGAAUGUGGAAUAUGUAAAGGUAAGAUCCGUAAGGCUUAAGGCAGGCCCGAAUACACAUGAUGGGUGUGGUAUCGACGGGGAACUACUCCAUGUCAAGGGGCAGGUCCGGUGCAGUUUGCUACCUCAGCAAAGUCAUUUGAUAGGCAGGCCAGCCAAAAACCUUGUACAGUAACUGUAAAUACAUCACCCUGCGGCCCUAUAUCUGCCUGGAAAUUCGCACCUGUACAACCGGCAACUUUCUUGAUCUUUUUACCUCUGCAUCCAGAACAGCUUCGCUGACAGACAGGCACGUAUAACUCCAGCGAUGUACAUUUGUGCUUGAUGACCUAAAGUGCCAGAGGGUGACAUUUAUCCAAAAAAUGUAAAGCCUAUCUGGUCUGCAGCCUGCUGCGCUUCUCUUUGUUUCGCCUUUUCUUUGGCUGGUAUGGGAUGUUGUGCUAUGGAGCCAUCCUGAUCCGCGUACUUGGGGGACGGUUCUGUUGAGAAGAGCAUGGCGCCCACCCCUGGAGUGUGCGGUUGUUUGGAGGUCCCUGGUGCCGGCCACUUGAUAAUGCUUGUCACCCCCCAUUAGAGGGACAAAACGCUCCCAAUGCUAUGCCCCUCAUCAGCUUGUGAUGUUUACAGAAAGUGCCAACAGAUUUCUAUCAUGUCAUGUUCCCGGUAUAGUAUAGGAUUUGGAUGAACCCAAAAAAGGAGAGAAGAUAUUUGUGGUGCUGCUGGCUUUUCCACCUAUAGUUCUUUUUGUGUGUGUGUGUGUGUGUGUGGUGUAUUGAGUUGUAUUUUCUCCCGGCUGUCUGCCAUAACGUGUUGGAUCAUAAAUCUUUGUCAGGGUAAACCUGCAGGUACAUAUGUGGUACUAUGUGUUGUUCUCUGUUUGGGAAUAAACAGCAUGUCUUGAUGGUGUGUGA